AUGGAAAGACACCAAAACGGGAUGGAUGUGUGGGUAGGUCAAGGCAGAGUAAAUCAAUUAGGAGGCUUAUUUAUCAACGGGCGCCCUCUACCGAACCACAUCAGACUGAAGAUUGUGGAGAUGGCGGCUGCGGGAGUGCGGCCUUGUGUCAUCUCACGACAGCUUCGUGUCUCACAUGGCUGUGUCUCCAAGAUACUUAAUAGAUACCAGGAGACCGGGUCAAUAAGACCUGGAGUGAUUGGUGGGUCCAAGCCGAGGGUGGCUACGCCGGAGGUGGAAGCUAGGAUAGAAGACCUCAAGCGACAAAACCCCGGUAUCUUUUCGUGGGAAAUCCGGGAAAAACUGUUGAAAGAAGGCGUAUCGGACCCACCAAGUAUAUCCUCUAUAUCACGUUUACUCCGAGGAGGUGCAAGAGAUCCAGAUGGAAAGAAAGACUACAGCAUCGACGGGAUUCUAGGAGGUCGAGGAUCCGACUCCUCGGAUAUCGAAUCGGAACCAGGUCUGACCCUGAAACGCAAGCAGCGACGGUCCAGAACAACCUUCACGGGUGAACAGCUGGAUGCCCUGGAAAGAGCGUUUCAUCGGACACAGUAUCCUGAUGUGUAUACUAGAGAGGAACUUGCAUUGCAGACCGGUCUUACUGAAGCCAGGAUACAGGUGUGGUUUUCAAAUCGUCGAGCAAGACUUCGAAAACAUACGGGUUCAAAUACACCCACGCUAUCAUCGUACUCGUCCUUACCGAUGCCUCAAUUACCAUGCCCUUAUCCAGCUGGGGACAUUCCUUCAUUGUCACAACAUCAUCCCCAACAUCCAGACGCUUGGCAUCAUCAAAAAUAUUCAAAUUAUAACCAACUCAUGGCCCAAUCGCAACAUCUCAAUCAAGCUUUUCAAUCUGCCAAUUUCCCAAGUACUUCGGGUGCAACGUUCACCCAUUUAGUGGGAGGUGGCGCACCACCAACACACGGUCAACUUAUGGACGCUACUUCAAGAAAUGAUUACGGAAGAUAUCCAACUGAUGUGUAUAACAAACCUAUUAGCUAUCUUCCUAAAGAUGUGGAAACUAGUGAUAAAGUGACAUCUGAAGAAGUGAUAGAGCCAAGAGAGGAACCGUAUGCGAAAGCUACAACGGAUGAGUAUAAGGAACUAGCUAAUGAUUAUCCUAAAAUACCAGCUGAUUACUCGAAAAUUUCUGAACCGUCUCCUUCUAAUUGGAGUCCUUCACAUAACACUUUGAACAUGGGUCUAACUGGAAUUCCCAGUGAUUAUAAGUAUAUGAAUGACCCUUAUGCAUUUUCCAAUGUACCAGAUCCAUUAAGCCAACACGCUUAUCAGAAUUCUUCAAAUCCAUCCAAUAAGUACUGGAUUUGA